UUUUUUAUGUGCAGUUUUGUUUUGCUAAACAGAUAGAACAGAUAGAGUGAGCCUGCUCAGGAGAAAAGUUUUGAAUUCAGACCAUUGGCAAAGAGACAAGGUGGUCCUGGGCUUAUACGGCUAAAGAGUAAUCAGUUUGUUUAAGGUCUCAUCAAAAGUCUAGAAAACUGGAUCCUGGUCCCAGCUGCAGCCACUCUCUCUUCUCUCUAUGUAUGUAUGAUAUUGGACAGUCACUGGUCUGCUUUCUUCUUCAAUUUUCUGCCAAUUGGGGAUUACUUGCCUUCAGCAAGGAGUCUGAUGAUCAAAUGAAAAUGGAUAGAACACUGGUUUAUGGUUCUCACUCUUAGAAAUGGCCAAUUACCAAUCCCUUGGACAAACUCUGCAGAAAGAAAUGGAGAAGAUGAAGGAAGCCAAAGAUGGAGAUGUUAAUAAUGAAAGGAAUGAUACCCAUGAAAACACUGAGCCCCUGAGGAUCAUCUUGGUGGGGAAAACAGGAGCAGGGAGAAGUGCAACAGGCAAUACUAUCCUUGGGCAGAAAGUAUUCAAGUCCAGCUUACAAUCCCAGAGAGUGACUAAGAAAUGUCAAAUGGAGACUGGGAUAUGGAAUGGGAGAAGAAUAUUUGUAAUUGAUACUCCUGCCAUCUGUGAACCAGAUGCCUGGACUGAAGAGAUGUAUAAGGACAUUGGGGAGUGCUAUCUUCUCUCCUCCCCAGGUCCCCAUGCAUUAAUUUUGGUGACUCAGAUUGGCCGCUAUACUGCCAAGGAUAAGGAGGCAAUGAGGAAAGUGAAAAAAAUCUUUGGAGUAAAAGCCAUGAGGUACCUCAUUAUGCUUUUUACUCGUAAAGAAGAUUUAGGGGAAUCUUUACAACAUUAUGUAACAAGUACUGAUAACAAAGACCUACAAUGGGGGAUCCGAGAAUGUGGCAGAAGAUUCUGUGCUUUCAACAACCAGGCCACUGGGGAAGAACAGAAGGCCCAAGUAGAAGAGCUGAUGACUAUGAUUGAAAAGAUGGAGGAAGAGAAUGAAGGCGACUGUUACAGGAAUAAUCUUUACUUUGCUGCUGAGAUCUUCCAGAGAGAUGGCAAUAGAGGAUCUGAAGAAAGUUACCAAAACUAUUUACGCAAAGUAAAAUCCCAGAUUCAAAAGCAGACAUCAGAUCUAAUAGAGUCUGAGAGUAUCUAUUUUGUCCAGUCAUUUAUGAGGGCUCAACUGUGGGUUUCUUCCCACCUUAAAAUCUGCUUAUGUAUUUUGUUCUUUGUUUUGGUUUUUAUUGUCAUUAUAAUUGUCUUAUUGACUUCUCAAACAGCCUAAGUAGUUUUCUCCUAAUUGUUGACUCCUAAUAGUAAUUAUUGAGUUCAUUCUCAGUGUCACCAUCAUGAAAAAUUUUCUAAAUGACUUCCUUAAUUUUUGAAAACAGAUCUGACUUUCAACUCUUAUUCCUCCUAAGAUACUUGGCAAAGAGACAUCUAAAAAGUCAAUAGGUUUGCCAUUUCUUUUCAUAAAAGUUAGGAAAUAAAAGCGAUAAUUCUGAUAUAUGGUUGUGUUAGUGGUGUUUUUGAGGGGAAAGUGAGCUACUUUGGGCAUCUAUGGUGACCUCGCUCCUAUUCUUUCUCUAUAUCCUUUGCUUUGGUAAUGCCCUCACUAUUUUAGUUCUAGUGAUCAUCUCUGUGAAGAUAAUUCUCACCACAAUAUCUCUAGCUCAAUCUCUUCAGUUCUCCAGAACCAAAUUUCCUAUUGUCCACAGCAAUUUCUGCCUACUUGCUUGCCAGUAAUGUAAACUCAACAUGAAAACAAAACUAUACAUGAGCUUUUUCCUAAAAUGUGCCUUUAUUUUUCCCUACCUAUUGUUCAAAAAUUUAUCCAGUCCCUGAUGUUGAAACUUUGGGAAUUUUUUCCAACUUUCUCAUUCUCUGAAUUGUUCAAGCCCUGAAUUGUCAAUUCGACUCCAAAAUAUCUUUCCAACCUAUCUCCUCGUUUCUUUUCAAAGCCACUAUUCUGUUAUCACAGAUCAGUGAAUCAUAAAUUUGGAGAUAGAAGUGCCUUUCUAAGUCAGCUAGGUCAACCCUUCUCAUUUUAUGAUCUAAGAAACUGAGGCCCCAAGAGAUCUCACCUGCACAGGUCUCUUCCUACCACAAUUCAACCUCCACUUGUGCUAUCAAAGAGCAUUUCUUAAAGCAUAAAUAUGACUCUGUCAUCCCCUUUCAUUCCAUUCGAUCAACUUUGCUUGAGGGUGCUUAUCACCUCUAGGAACAAUUCUAAAUUAAAGCUCAUCUGAAACUCAUUAUAAACUGCCUCUCCCUUUGCAGGUUCUUACAUGUUACAUUCUACCCUGCUUUUUAUGUACUUUGUAAUUCAGUAAUGCUGAUCUCCUUGUUGUCAUUUGAAUGUCCAACUUGAGGCAUUUUCACUAAAUGUUACUUAUGCCUAAAAUUCUUUCCCUCCUCAUCUCUGCCUCCUAGAUUUCCUUGCUUCUUUCAAGUCCAAGACCAACUCUUACAUUAAACAGGAAGAUUUUCCUGGUCCCCUUAAUUCUAAGGCCUUUCCUCCAUUGAUUAUUUCUCAUUUACACUGUAUAUAACUUGCUUGUGUAUGACUAUACAUAUAUCAUCUCCCUCUUACAACUAUGAGUUUCUUGAAAGUGGGGCUAUUUUGUCUUUUUUUGUAUCAGCUUUUAGCACAAUGUCUAGUAUGAAGGAGGCAUGUAAUAAAUGUUCAUUACUGACUUUCUGAACAUCAUACAGAUAUAAAGUGCACAAGUUUGAUCACAUGACUCUUCUCAAAGCCCUUCACAUUACAUCAUGUGAGAAUUGGAAAAGAUUGCAAAAAUCAUCUAAUAUAACCUUAGAAAUACUCAUUAUAAUCCAACAUAUUGUCUAAUUAAUAGAGACUAAAGUAAUACUAUUGACAUUCCAGUUACUCAGAAAUCUGGACUCCCCUCUCCCUUUCCAAUCUUAUUUUGUACUCCCUUUUCUCUAAACAUUCUCAGUUCUAGACAAUUAGAUUCCCAGCCCAAUCCUGUUGAUAUACUCUCUCACCUCUGUGCUUUCACUCCUCCUAAUCCAGUGGUUGAAAUGCUACUCACCAUCCUCAAGACUGACCUCAAAUAUUGCUUCAUUCGCAUUUUGCCUAGUAUUUCCAUUCAGAAAAAGAUAAUUUUAUCCCCCACAUUUCACAUGGCUCUUCAUAUGUAUUUCUUUCAUUUACAUAACAUACUGCAUUGUAUAGUAGAAUUAUCUGUAUAUAUCUCCUCACUUCCUUUUUUUAUAAACUCUAAAAGCAGGGAUUGACAUUUACAUCUUCCCCAUUACCUAACUCAAGAUUUAUACACAGUCAGUGUUUGUAUUAGAUAUAUUAAAUAUUACAAAGCCAGUUGUCAUCUACAUUAUUAAAAUUAUUUCAAUGCUUAGUUUGAUAAGUAUAAUGAAAUGCAUGAAUUUUUUUCUGUUUGAAUUAAACUAGUUUUCUCUGUGAAAAACUUUUGGCUUUAAGGUUAGAUUUCUUGUUGUAUUAGGAAAAGGGAAGGGAAGGGGAAGAGAAAAGUUUUGAACAUAAAGUCUCACAAAAAUAAAUGUUGAAAAUUAUCUUUACAUGUGUUCAGAAAACCAAAAUACUAUUUUUAAAAAGGACACAAAAAGAAAAGAAAAGAAAUAAACAUUGAUACUUUGGCAAA